GGAGCUGUGGCCUCCGCCGCCCGCCUCCGUAGCUAACUCCGUUGCCUCCUCCCGCUCCUCGCGUGCUCCUCGCCGGCCCAGCGCCCGUCAGCUUGCGCGUCCGCGCGCUUGGCGGGGAGGAGCGCGACAGCGGGGACGCGCUUCGGUGACUCCGCCCCCCAGCUCCCCUCCCCUGAGUCCUGGAGCCCGGCUCGUGCGACUCGGUGCGAGGAGACGGGGGACCCUGCGCCCGCGCGCUCGCCCCAGCGCCCCCGCCCCAGCGCCCCCGCCCCGGCGUGCGAGGUGCCGCGCCCUCCUGCUGCCCUGCCUGGUACAUGGAGGGGCCUGUUCGGAUCGCAGCCGCCAACGCCGCCAGCACGCUGGGGGAUGACCUGGGGGUGGCUUUCGGAGCCGGCUGCUGCGCAAGAGUGAGCCAAGCCCUGGGUUUUCUCCACAAGUCUGUCCUGCCUACUUCUGGAAUCAGGCGCCAUGCAUCCAGAUCUUGGACCCUUAUGGACACUGCUGUAUGUUUAUCUUUCAAUUCUGUGUUCUUCUGUGAGUUCAGAUUUGGCACCUUAUUUUAUUUCUGAGCCGCUGUCUGAGGUUCAGAAGUUUGGUAGACCUGUAGUACUACGUUGUUCUGCUAAACCUGUGACCGCUCACAUCUCAUGGUUGCAUAAUGGAAAACAGUUGGAUAGAAACAUGGAACAGAUUAAGAUUCACCAGGGGACACUGACAAUCCUUUCCCUUAACCCCUCCCUUUCGGGUUACUACCAAUGCAUUGCCAACAAUAGCAUCGGUGCAGUUCUAAGUGGCCCUGCAACAAUAUCGCCUGCAGUUCUUGGUGACUUUGAUUCUUCAACAAAGCAUGUUAUUAUAGCAGAAGAAAAAAGCACUGGUUUCAUUGGCUGCAGAGUACCAGUGAGUAAUCCUAAAGCUGAGGUGCGCUAUAAAAUCCGGGGAAAAUGGCUGAAACAUUCUACAGGGAAUUACAUAAUUCUUCCAUCAGGAAAUCUUCAGAUUUUGAAUGUAUCCUCAGAGGACAAGGGAUCAUAUAAAUGUGCAGUUUAUAAUCCUGUCACCCAUGAAUUAAAAGUUGAACCCAUUGGCCAAAAGCUCCUUGUGAGUCGCCCUUCCUUGGAUGGGUUUCACAUUCUUCACCCUACCCUUCCACAGGCAUUGGCUGUCCUUUCUCAUAGCUCUGUAACCCUGGAGUGUGUGGUGAGUGGGGUCCCGGCCUCACAAGUGUAUUGGCUGAAGGAUGGGCAGGACACUAUGCCAGGAGGCAACUGGAGAAGGUUACAUUCACAUCUUGCCACUGCUAGCAUUGAUCCAGCAGACUCUGGAAACUAUUCCUGUGUGGUGGGCAACAAGUCUGGAGACAUAAAACAUGUCACUUAUGUGGUUAAUGUACUCGAACAUGCUUCAAUUUCUAAGGGACUGCAGGAUCAGAAAGUGUCUCUGGGUGCCACAGUACAUUUUACUUGUGAGGUUCGUGGGAACCCAGCACCUAACCGUACCUGGUUUCAUAAUGCACAGCCUAUUCAUCCUUCCCCACGGCAUCUAACGGCAGGAAAUGGACUGAAAAUUAUUGGGGUUACAAUGGAAGAUUCUGGGCUGUAUCAAUGUGUUGCAGAUAAUGGGAUUGGAUUUAUGCAGUCUACUGGAAGACUUCAAAUUAAAAAAGACAGUGGAUUUAAGCCAGUUAUAAUCACAGCACCAGCAAAUGCCAGGGUGGUAGAUGGAGACUUUGCGAUUUUGUCCUGCAAUGCCACUGGAGUGCCAGUUCCGGUCAUUCGUUGGUACAACAGCCACGGAUUGAUAACCAGCCAUCCAUCUCAAGUCCUUAGGUCUAAAUCUCGAAAGUCACACUUAUUAAGACCUGGUGGCCUUGAUGUGGAGCCUAUCUACUUCAUCAUGUCCCGAGCUGGCUCAAGCUCACUCUCUAUUCAGGCUGUUACUCAGGAUCAUGCUGGGAAAUACAUCUGUGAAGCUGCAAAUGAUCAUGGCACCACACAGUCAGAGGCAUUUCUUACAGUUGUUCCUUUUGAAACAAAUACAAAAGCAGAAAUAGUUACACGUACUGAUGCUACUCAGAAUGAUGAAAGAGACCAAAGAGAUGUUUCAGACUCUGGCUCGUUUCCAGUGAAGGUAUAUCCAAGUGGAGUGGAAUCAUCAUCAGAGAAGAAUGCCAGUAGCACCUCUGUCCCUGAUGCCCCCAUCAUCCUGAGCCCCCCACAGACCCACACGCCAGACACCUACAACCUGGUGUGGAGGGCAGGGAAGGAUGGCGGACUGCCCAUCAAUGCCUUUGUGAAAUAUCGAAAGCUGGAUGAUGGUGCUCGUAUGGUGGGAAGCUGGCACACGGUUCGAGUCCCAGGAAGUGAAAAUGAGCUGCAUUUAACUGAACUGGAGCCAUCUAGUCUUUAUGAAGUUUUGAUGGUGGCAAGAAGUGCAGCAGGUGAGGGUCAGCCAGCCAUGCUCACCUUCCGAACCAGCAAAGAGAAAACAGCAUCAUCAAAAAGCUCCCAGGCCUCUUCUCCACCUGUGGGCAUCCCUAAGCAUCCUGUGGUUUCAGAGGCAGCAAACAACAAUUUUGGAGUGGUGUUUACAGAUUCUACCAGGCAUAGUGGAGUUCCAGAGGCUCCAGAUCGGCCUACCAUCUCCACUGCAUCAGAGACCUCUGUGUAUGUCACUUGGAUUCCCCGGGCAAAUGGUGGUUCUCCAAUUACUGCCUUCAAGGUGGAGUAUAAGCGGAUGAGGACUAGUGAUUGGCUGGUAGCAGCUGAAGAUAUCCCUCCUUCCAAACUUUCUGUGGAAGUUCGUAGUUUAGAACCAGGUUCAACAUACAAAUUUAGGGUCAUUGCUGUCAACCAUUAUGGUGAGAGUUUUCGGAGUUCGGCUUCCCGUCCUUAUCAGGUGGCUGGAUUCCCCAAACGGUUUUCCAAUCGACCCAUAACCGGACCUCAUAUCGCCUACACAGAGGCUGUUAGCGACACACAGAUCAUGCUAAAGUGGACGUAUAUUCCAUCAAGUAACAAUAACACUCCCAUUCAAGGAUUUUAUAUCUAUUACCGACCAACAGAUAGUGAUAAUGACAGUGACUAUAAGAGGGACGUUGUAGAAGGUUCAAAACAGUGGCACAUGAUUGAUCACCUACAACCAGAAACCUCCUAUGAUAUUAAAAUGCAAUGCUUUAAUGAAGGAGGAGAGAGCGAGUUUAGCAAUGUGAUGAUCUGUGAGACUAAAGUGAGACGUGUCCCUGGAGCUUCUGAGUAUCCCAUCAAAGACCUGAGUACUCCUCCAAAUUCUGCAGGAAGUGGAGGAAAUGCUGGGCCCGCAACCAGCCCUGCCAGAAGCAGCGAUAUGUUGUACCUCAUUGUUGGCUGCGUGCUUGGUGUCAUGGUCCUCAUUCUCAUGGUUUUCAUUGCUAUGUGCCUGUGGAAGAGUCGCCAACAGAAUGCCAUACAGAAAUAUGACCCACCAGGAUAUCUCUACCAAGGGUCAGAUCUUAAUGGGCAGAUGAUGGAAUAUACCACUCUCUCUAGAACAAACAGAAUAAACGGAAAUGUCCAUGGUGGCUUCCUGAGCAAUGGCAGCCUCAGCAAUGGCUGCUCUCACCUCCACCAUAAGGUUCCUAAUGGAGUCAAUGGAAUUGUGAACGGGAGUCUAAAUGGAGGACUUUACUCUGGGCAUACGAACUCUCUAACCAGGACCAGGACACAUGUGGAGUUUGAACAUCCUCAUCAUCUCCUGAAUGGUGGUGGAAUGUACACAGCAGUCCCCCAGGUUGACCCACUGGAGUGCAUUAACUGCCGGAAUUGUCGAAAUAACAAUAGGUGUUUCACCAAAACCAACAGCACUUUUAGCAGCAGCACCCUUCCUAUGGUCCCAGUGAUAGCACCUUAUCCUCAGGAUGGUUUGGAAAUGAAGCCCCUCAAUGCCGUGAAGAUGCCUAUGUGUCUGGCUUCCACAGUCCCUGACUGUGGCCAGUUACCUGAGGACAGUAUCCAGGACAGGGUGGCACCACUACCUACCCAGCAUACCUGCUGUCAGGACAAUAUAAAUGGCAUCAAUUCUGAAUCUACAGAAGACACAGCAGAAUUUAACAGAGGAGAUAGCUGUGACCAUUCAGAAACAGAAAACAAAAUUUUAAGUUGGAAACCUCUGAUUUUGCCACCUGAUUCAGAGGACUGUACUGAGAAGACUGCGUGGUCUCCUCCUGACAUUCCGUCAGAGAGCUCAUCAGGGGUCCUUCUCCAACCCCAGGAAACCUGAGGAUGUGCAAAUACAUAGCCAUGUUCCCACUUCAAGCCAGUAACUGCACAAAACAGGCCUGGGAAUGAACUGUAUGAAGGACAUUAAUUCAAAUCACAGAAAAUUGUUAUUUAUUUUUUGUAGUAAUGUCAUAUGAAUGUAUCUUAAAAUGUGUGUCCUUUUAUAUUAUUUAUGCCUUAAAAAUUUCCUUCCCUAUUCCUUCUUUUCCCCUCAGUAGGAAAUGGCCUUUUGCAUAGUUUUCAAUCAUCUGGACAGCAGAGGGAUCACUCCAUGUUUUCCAAAACCCUCAGUGACACUAAAAACUCCUUUAGCCAUGGGUGCAGUCUAUUGACGAUUCAGUUGUGAGGGAGUUACACAGGCCGUUUAAAGUUGGCCACCAUUCACAUUUUCAGAAGGAAAACUGUCAUUCAAUUUUAUGUUAACAAACCUGAGAACAUUUUGAAAUCAACCACACUUGCAACCCAAUGUUUCUAAUAACAGAUCUGGCUGAUAAAUUUUGUAAGAGUGCCUUCCCCAGAGAGCUCAUGUGGCCUGCUAAUUUACCUUCUGUCUGCACAUGGGCACCAAGCAAUGUUCAGUCUUCUAGGCACCAACCAUAACCAGUGUUGUGAACACGGAGAAUGUAAGGUCUAAUUGUAUUAUUGCAGAAUGCACAAAGACAAGUACAACCAGAGAGAAAUUAAUGCCUUAAUAUUCCACUGCUUUAAAACCACAUUAGUUUAUAAAGUGGUCAUCACCUGGCUCAUUUUUUACUAUUUCUAAGAGUAGGAACAACAACAACAAAAAAGACAACUGUAAAGCAGUGACUUGAAGAAAAAGGUACACAUUUUAAAAAGAAAGAAAGAAGUGAAGGGGUACAGUGACAUUUCUUGACAGAAGCUCUUCCUCCCAUUUCAUAGGUAUAUGCUCAUGGUGCCACCUCACUUGACAAUAUUCAUUUUCUCACUUCCAGUAUGUAUAGCAGCUAGAAACAUGUGAGUGAGUGUGUGUGUCAGCUUUUAAUCACUCUAACAAAAUGCCUGAGGUUAUUUUCUUAUAAAGAAAUAAGGUUUAUUAUGGCUUCUAGUUUUAGAGACUGCAGUCCACCAUUGAAUAGCCCCAUUGGUUUAGGCCUGCCCCGAGACAGCACAUCAUGGAGGAGAUGUGUGGUGGAGCAAAAGCCACUUAUAUCACAAGCCAGGGAACAAAGGGAGAAAGAGGAAAGGGCACAGUCCCCUUCAAGGGCACACCCCAAUGAACUAAAAACCUCACCCCACCUAUGAAAAGUCCCACCACUUCCCCAUUGUGCCACCCUGGGGACCAAACCUUUAACACUUGGACUUUUGGGGCACACUCAAGAUCCAAAAUAUUGGGCUGGGGAGAUAGCGCAGUCAGUAGAGUGCUUGUCUUGUAAGCACAAGGCCCUGGGUUCAAUCCCCCGCACUGAAAAAAAAAAAAAAAAAUCCAAAAUAUCAAGAUCCAGAGUGUCAAGAACUUAAUGAGGAAAAAGAUUGGUUUGUUUGUUUUAGUUUCUUGUUGUUUUUGUUUUUGUUUUUCAGAAUGCAUUGUAAUCAGGCACCUAAAGCUUUGGUAAACAAAGCUCAUGCAUCACAGUUGCUGCCUCCUCUGAAUGACAAGUACAUUACAACUGCCUUUGGAAGACUUUUCUUCUCAGUAUUAGGAAAAGAACAACAACAACAAAAAAUCAAAACACCAUAAAUGCAUUUCGUAGCUUGAGUCAGGUUUUAAUGAAUCACUUCUCUUUUUUGGAUUGUGCAUCUCUUGGGGGAAGAAACAAUUAUUCUCCUUACAUAAAAUCAAGCAGUUAUAGCAUAAGUUAAAAAAAAUUAAAAAAAUAAAAAACUAGUUUCUCAGAAAUUGCAGUGGGAUAGAAUAAUAGAAUACUGUGCUAAUCAACUUUCUAUGUAAAUGCAUCAGUUUUCCUUACAUAUGUUUAUAUAUUUUAUAAAUAGAACUGAUAGAGAAAAUGUGCUAUUUCAGCUGGGUCACUAAACUAGAGUUACCUCCAGUAGAAUAUAGUAAAUAUAGUGCCAUAGCUGGAUAUUAGAGCUGUAAGAAAAGCAAGUUCUACAUUCUGAUGUCCAUGCCUGUAGUAUACUAGAUUCAUUCUUUGUGUUGCUUAGAUGCAAUUAACUUUGGAGGGGGAUAGCUGCAGCCCUUACUUUUCUGACUAGCAAAGGACAAAGUCCUAGUACAUAGAACAUGAAGACAUACCCUGUCUGUACCAACCAAGUUACAGUAGUGCUGCCACAGAGGGAGUUUGAAGAAACUAGGGAAUAGGUGUCCAUGGCAGUCAUUUUGAUUCAUGAAACAGGUGGAUUAGCCUUAGGUCAGAAACUGCUUCUAAAGAUUGAGUUUGAAUAUGGGACUUGUCCACAAGGAAAAGAAAAUUUUUAACUUUACCUUUAGGGCAAUCUCGUUCUGGACUGCUUUAUUUAUAUGAUUAGUAACGCUGUUUUAAGUGUUAUCCCUUUUAUUGUAUUUUAUUUAUAAAAAAUGCCUUUAUAUAUUGAGAUUUAUAAAUAUGAAUAUAAAUAUAGAGAUAUAUAGAUAUAUAUAUAUACAUAAAUAGCCUUUAUUUUUAGGAGUUAUGAGUUCUCCCUAAACGUGAAUUGCUCUGAACUUUCAUGCCCUGCAGGGUCACCAGAAACAGUCCUAAUUAAUGUCACUUCUCCCAGGAAAUAAGAGGACAUAGGACAUUGUGGGGGACAGUACUAACAUUUGUUAAGGAACUCCUGUGUCCCGAGCUCUGAGCUCAGUGCUAGUUACUGUUAUGUCAUUCUACCCUCACAACAAAUCUACCAAGUUAGUGUGAAAAUUCCCGGGUCACACAGUGAGCUAAAUUGGAACCCAGUUUAUCUGGAGUCAUCACCUGCGGUUCUCCUGUUUUUCCCAUACUGCUUUCCAGAAGCACUGUGGUUCACUCCUGGUGGAACCUGUCCAGUAACUUGUGCUAUCGUCCACCCCUACUGUGUAAUUCCUCAGAGGCUCUGACUCUGCAGCUGCAGAAGCCGCCCUCUGUCCUACCUUGGCAGAACUCUCUGAUCAUUACUAUCUCCAACAGUCCACGGUCCUCCCCUGAAUACCCCUCAUGCCACCCCUGCCCGAGACCUUGAUCUUCACUCUGCUCAGUUAUCAUGAAAUUGGUCAGGCCUCUUCAGGUUCCUCAUAGUCCUAGAAUUCGAAGUCUUUGUUCCCCUAUUCCUGUCAUUUCACCAUGUCCCUUUGAUUUUCUUCUUUCAGUUAUGCACUGAUGGUCUAAUGGUACCUACCAUACAAGCUAAAUCGCAAUGUUCAAAACCUUUUGAAGUCUCCUUUUCAGAAAGUAUUUGUUGCUGGGUUUUGCUUUUAUAGAAUGAUUCUCUGAAGACCAAGGCAUCUCUACUGGGUUGACCACAUCACAUCGUUCCAGCUAUAAUACUGCCAAGAAAUUAAUGUUUAUCAUUGAACUUCAUCCGUGUUGCUCUUUUUUAAAGCAAUAAGUCUGAGAUGCAUGUUUUGUAUCAUAUUGAAAAGUAUGUUUUUAUUUUCCCUAAAGUUGUAAUAUUGUGUUUGAAAUUGUACAUAUUUUAAAUGAUGUAGCUUUGACAGGUUUUAUUUGUUUGAUGUGAUUUUAUAUUAAAAUGCUGCUUUCAUGUAGAGUAGCCCUUGAAUAUGGGGAUGCUCGGAUA